AUGCUUUGCAAAAUCCGCACGUUCCCGAUAGUCCAAGCCCUUUCCGGCUCUCAUGCCCCUUUUCUCAGCUUCCGCGACAGUUAUUUUGUUGUCUCUCCCAAGAGAUGGCGUCGGGCUAGCACACUAUUGGAAGGAUCCCCCCUCCGCAAUACUCGUGAACAUGAGUGCUACCCUGAGACGAAUCUGGCUAAGUGCCUUCUGUUCCGCUCCCUUGUCAGGUGGGCUCAGUCGGUGGGCCAGGUCAUCUCAUCGCAGAUCAGGGUCAAUUACGAGAUGACAGGAGGAUGCGAUGAACCAGUGUUCGCAAACGCGAAGAACCAGCGAAUGGGAAUCUCGCCUCAACCGAAAUUGUUCCAUGGCCGUGGAAUUUACACACACGGAGAGCUCGUCAAGCUGGGCCCAAGGCAAUACCGCAGGGUUCAGGAAAACGUGCGGCGAGCUGUCAUGGAUGGUACAAAACAGGGAGAAGCUCAACCCUCUUUAUCGGUGAAGGUGGAGCGCCAUUGAUAGCAGCUGAAUGGCAUGCGGCGUUCUCUGCUUUAGCUGCGUGCCUGUUGAUACUAUGACUUGUACCACUUCGGCUAAAGGCAAGGUGAAUCAGGCACCGCAUCUGCGCACAUGUCCACACAGUUGGCA